CAUUUUCCUCAUCUCCAAAUCGAGCCCAUAUCUCUUCUAUCAAAUCUUAUUGAAGUUGAUUAUUUGUAGAGCGAUUACGAAUUCUUGUAUCAUUGCGAAGAUACUCUUCAUACUCCAGGAGACGAUUAUUUGAAACUGCAGGCAUAGAGACACUAAAGUUGACAUCAUCAUCUGUAUAAUCAAAAUGCCGGAUAUAUGAAUGAAUUAAAGUAAUAAAAAUUUAAUUUUCUAUUAAUAUUUUUAUGUAUAUUUUAUUAUAAUUAAUAAAAUUAGUAUAUGAUACUAUUUACUCCCGUGGAUACAAAAAUAACAAUUAUACUAAUUUAACGCAUGGUCCAUGGAAAUUAAAAAAAAAUCCAAUAAUAAUAAAUUUAUGAUACAUGCAUCCAAAAGUUGGCAUUGAAAUCAUAACAAGAAAAAAAAAAUUAUAGUCAUAAAUUCCACCGUCACUUGCAAUGCCACUUUCACUAGAUGAAAGUUUCUAUUUUUGCAAUAACCACUCACAUGAGUGCAAUGGACAAAUGAAAUUGUAAACUUGGGCCGCGUAAGAAUGAAAGUGGAGAGUUUCUCCGAUGGAGAUGAGAAGGGACACGUGUGCGACAUUUCGCGCCAAGAUUUCCCGCCAACAUAACCAUCUAUCCCGUCUUCUCUAGUUCAGCCUUCCUCCGCUCUCAUUUCAGUCGGCGAAAACAAAUAACAGCAGAAAGAGUAAUUUCUCGGCUAGAAAUCGCAUUAUCCUAUUUCCCGGCGGCGAAGGCGAAAUAUCAACUACAGCGGGAGAGAUAUGUCAGGCUGGGACGAAGGAGCCGUGUACUACAGCGACCAAGCGCAGUUCCCGGAGUCCGGCAACGAUGGCGGCGGCGGCGGGCACAGCCGCCACACCAUCCUCCGGAAGUUGAAGGAGUUCAUCAGAAACUUCGAGACCGACAAGAACGUUUUCCCGUACCGAGAGAGUCUCGUUCACAACUCCAAGUCUCUCUUCGUGCACCUCGAAGAUCUGCUCGCUUUCGAUGCCGAGCUUCCUUCGCUCCUCCGUUCUUCCCCCGCCGAUUACCUCCCUCUGUUCGAGACGGCGGCGGGGGAGGUGCUGCAGGGUUUGAGGUUGAAGAAGUUAAUGGAUGACGGGGAAAUGAAGGAGCCGGAGACUGGGGAAGUUCAGAUACUACUGAGUUCGAAGGAGGAUCCGGUUUCCAUGAGAGCCCUAGGGGCUGAUUACAUUUCCAAGCUGGUGAAGAUAUCUGGAAUCACCAUUGCUGCUUCACGAGUUAAGGCGAAAGCCACAUAUGUGAGUUUGGUGUGCAAGAACUGUCAGAGUACAAAGGAAGUUCCUUGUCGUCCAGGGCUUGGAGGUGCUGUCAUGCCACGUUCUUGUGACCAUGCUCCUCAGCCGGGUGAAGAAGCUUGCCCCAUUGAUCCUUGGAUUAUAGUUCCUGACAAAAGUAGAUAUGUUGAUCAGCAGACCCUGAAAUUGCAAGAGAAUCCCGAGGAUGUCCCUACUGGAGAGCUUCCUAGAAACAUGUUACUUUCUUUGGAUCGUCACUUAGUUCAAAGAAUAGUACCAGGGACAAGGCUGACCGUCAUUGGAAUCUACAGCAUUUUUCAGGCAGCCAAUUCAUCAAAUAACAAUAGAGGAGCUGUUGCAGUUAGGCAGCCAUAUAUAAGGGUUGUGGGGAUGGAAGAAGCCAAUGAAGCCAGUAGUCGUGGUCAUGCAUCCUUUACACAGGAAGAGGAAGAAGAAUUUAGGAGAUUUGCCUCCAGAACAGAUGCUUACGAAGCCAUCUGCGCUAAGAUUUCUCCAUCUAUAUUUGGGGAAGAAAAUGUGAAGAAAGCUGUGGCUUGCCUGCUAUUUGGAGGUUCUAGGAAGAACUUGCCAGAUGGGGUGAAGUUAAGAGGUGACAUCAAUGUGCUGCUUCUAGGAGACCCUUCUACUGCUAAAUCACAGUUUCUCAAGUUUGUUGAGAAAACAGCUCCUAUCGCUGUUUAUACUUCUGGGAAAGGCUCAUCAGCUGCUGGUCUGACAGCAUCUGUGAUACGGGAUGGAAGCUCUCGAGAAUUCUACCUUGAAGGAGGAGCCAUGGUUCUAGCUGAUGGAGGUGUUGUGUGUAUAGACGAGUUUGACAAGAUGAGGCCUGAAGACAGGGUAUCUAUUCAUGAAGCUAUGGAGCAGCAGACAAUAUCCAUCGCAAAAGCAGGAAUUACAACUGUUCUCAAUUCAAGAACUUCAGUACUUGCAGCUGCUAAUCCUCCAUCAGGACGGUAUGACGAUCUCAAGACUACUCAGGAAAAUAUUGAUCUGCAGACAACAAUUCUGUCUCGAUUUGACUUGAUCUUCAUAGUGAAAGACAGAAGAGACAUGAAGCGAGAUAAGAUCAUUGCCAGCCAUAUCAUAAAGGUUCAUGCAUCUGCUGAUCAAACGGCCACAGACCACAAGGUUUCUAAAGAAGAUAACUGGCUCAAGAGAUACAUACAGUUCUGUCGGACAACUUGUCGCCCUCGUCUCUCCGAGUCAGCAGCCACGAGACUCCAAAACGAAUACGUCAGAUUCAGACAGGACAUGAGAAGGCAAGCCAAUGAAACAGGAGAAGCAUCUGCUGUGCCCAUCACAGUAAGACAACUGGAAGCAAUUGUAAGGCUGAGCGAGUCUCUUGCAAAAAUGAAAUUGUCACAGAUUGCAACAGAGGCUGACGUGGUUGAAGCAGUGAACCUCUUCAAGGUGUCCACCAUAGAGGCAGCACAGUCCGGGAUCAACCAGCACGUGACUUCUACCCCCGAGAUUCAGCAAGCCGAAGCUCAGAUAAAGAGAAGGAUUGGGAUAGGAAUGAGGAUAUCUGAGAGGAAGUUGAUCGAUGAUCUCAGCAGGAUGGGGAUGAAUGAAUCCAUUGUGAGAAGAGCUCUAAUUGCCAUGAACCAGAGGGACGAAAUCGAGUACAAGCAUGAAAGACGCAUCAUUGUGCGAAAGUUGUGAACUUAAAAGCCGGCAGAGAAGAUGCUUUUGGAUGGCAACUAUAGGAAGCUUGAAUGUACAAUGUGCAUUGUAGUUUGGCAUGGCAUCAAUCACUAUUUUAGCUACUAUCCAGCAGCGUGUAAUGGAUCAUCUUAGUUACUAGUUAGUUACCUCUUCCUCUUCUAGUCAUUGUCAAACUAAUUAGGCUAUUAUACCAUUUUUAGAAGAUAUUUAUUUGCAAAUACAUAAGAAUCUAAAUU